GAACAUCCCUAGCAACCUGGUCACGCUAUUGUGAUCGACAUUUCUAACAACUGGGACACAAGUCUCGUGACGGCCAUUCUGUCAGGUGUUCUUUCUCUGUGCGUUGAAGAUUCAUUUGUCUUAUAUGAUGGAGAACGCUCAAGCACAACUCCUCGCAAACAUCCAUGAAGAGAUUGCAAAAGGUGCUUUCACUGACAUACAAAUUAUAUGUAAAGACGGAACAACGACCGGAAGCCGUAUCGUACUGGCGGCGAUGUCAUCAUAUUUCCGGGCCAUGUUCUGUUCUGAUAUGGCAGAGAGUCAGACGGGCGUCUUGAACCUUCCCACGGUGUCUUUGUCGGUGUUGCAAGCUAUCGUCAAAAUGUGUUUGUGUGGACUUAAUCUAGUGAGUGAAAACAACUGUGUGGAGGUAUUGGAUGCUGCUGAAAUGAUGCAGCUUGAACACAUCAAAGCCAUCUGUGACAUAUUCCUGAAGGAAAGUCUCACACUGACAGCUGAAAACUGUUUAAAUUGGUGGAGACUUUCUAAACUUUACAAUUUCCACGAUGUGUCCAACCGAUCAUUUUCCUGUUUGGCUGACGAGUUUGAUGAUUUUGUUGAAACAGAAAACGUUGUUCAGCUGUCAAAGGAAGAACUUCUGGAAAUAAUUUCAAAAGAAGAGAUGGAAUGUACAGAAGACAUCAUUCUGAAAGGCGCCAUGAAGUGGAUUGAGUAUAAUAACCCGGAUCAAGAUGAUGUCAAACUGAUUUUUGAAAACGUACAUCUCGAAAUUGUUGAUUCACAGUUUCUGAUUGAUGAAGUGCUGUUUUCAGAUAUUGUUUGUAAAACCAAAUCUGUCCAAGAAAUGAUAGAAAAAGAGUUACAUUCACAUCGACAAGUUACAGCUAGUUCACGGGUCAAUCUCAAGAUACCUGACGUUUUUGUUCUCCAACAUAACCAGACGUCACUACUGUCUUGUUUCACGUCAGACAACAAGUGGGAAGACGUCCCACCAGCCCCAGUAGAUCCUGGAUCUUUGUAUUCAGCAGCAGUUUUGAACGACAAGAUCUAUAUCACUGGUGGUUAUAACAAGAAGAAAUGUACAUUGAUAUAUAACACCGCGAGAAAAGUGUGGAUAGUUGGUCCAGACCUCACACAUGAACACUACUGUCACUGUAUGGCCACAGCUAACUAUAAAAUGUACUCGAUAGGUGGUUACUAUAGCAACACAAUAGAGGAAUUGAGCGAGAGUGAGACACACUGGCAGGUUGUUGGAGAUUUGAGAUCGAGCCGAUAUUAUGCUUUCCCUGUUACAGUUGGUGAGAACAUUCUCGUUAUGGGAGGAAACACAAACUCAGCCGGAUCAAAUGUUAUCCAGUGUUUUAACACCACAACUCACAGCGUCAGUCAGCUGAACACAAAGUUACCUUGUAGGUCUGAGUUACUGAGAGGCUCUGUUCACCUCCCAGAUGUUUAUCUGUUAGACUACGACGGUCACGUGAUGCACCUCCAGGUCACCAACACAGAUGGAGAAAUCAAGAUUCAGGUUAAAUCCACAAAACAAUGGAAAUCAUUUGGAUGUGACAUUGGUGUAGCACACCGGUGUGGUAGUUUGCUGUGUUUUACAGAAGAAGGAAUCGGCGAAUUCAACCUCGCUGAAGGUAAAGAAGAACAGAGUACAUUCCCUAAGUCACCUAGAAGUGGCGACGUGUACAACGUGUGUUCUGUGUCCUGUGGGAAAACAUCGCGAUGAUUGUUCAUUGAUUAAUCUCAAUGAGAGAGCUUGCGUCGUGCUCUGAGUGAAAAUGAAAUGAUUUCUCUGUGGCCGUAGACGUAUACUAGCUGUAUACAUUGUUAAGCUCCAAACAGACACGGUCUAACAAACAAACACUGUCUGAAUAUUCAAUAAUGAAUGAUAAUGCAGGAGAAGAACUGAGCGAGAGUGACAGUCACUGGCAGAGUGUUGGAGAUUUUGGGAUUAAAAAGUUUUCAGGUACCCUUGGUGAGAACAUUCUCGUUAUGGGAUGAAAAAUAAACUUGGCUAAAUUAGAUGAUAUUCAGUGGUCAAUACCAGAACUCACACUGUCUUGUAAGUUAAUUUGAUGUUAAUCUGCUAGAUCACGACGGCCACGUGAUGCACCUCCAGGUCACCAACACAGAUGGAGAAAUCCAGAUUCAGAUUAAAUCCACAACGAAAGGGAAAUUAUUAUUAUUGUGUUUUAGUAUAACACACUAAGACGGAAGCUUGCUGUAUUUUACAAAUGGUAAAAUUCAAUUUCGCUUAAUGCAUUGAGGAAGAUAAUACAUUCUCUACGCCUCUCAGACGUGAUCCAGUGUACAACGGAUCUGCAUCGUCAACACUUGAUUGGUUCCCAUAAGCACUAGAUGACCUUGUAUCCUGAGAUAAUCUUAGUACUAACAACAAACUUGAUUAGUACCCAUAAGCGUUAGAUGACCUUGUAUCCUGAGAUAAUCUUAGUACUAACAACAAACUUGAUUAGUGCCCAUAAGCGUUAGAUGACCUUGUAUCCUGAGAUAAUCUUAGUACUAACAACAAACUUGAUUAGUACCCAUAAGCGUUAGAUGACCUUGUAUCCUGAGAUAAUCUUAGUACUAACAACAAACUUGAUUAGUACCCAUAAGCGUUAGAUGACCUUGUAUCCUGAGAUAAUCUUAGUACUAACAACAACCCUGCUGUACGAACUGUGACGUGGAUUCAUUAGUGUUAACGUGACAGCUCGCCAUGUAUCUUGAGACGGUCCUAGCACUGCAAACAAAUGCACUCAACAUUUCAUAAGAGUUGUUCAUUAAUCUCAGUGUGAUAGUUCGCUUUGUCGUCUGAGACAAGCUUAGUACUAAACACAACUACUGAACAUACUGUGCGGAUUGUUCACUGAUAGUAGUGUCUGCGUGAGAGUACUACAGACGAAACUAAUGAGCACGCUGUAAGAACUGUUCAUUAUGGUCUGAGACAAGAUUAGCACUACAAACUUAAUUACUGAACUGUGUGGAUUAAUCACCGAUACUAGUAUUUGUGUGAGAGUACUACAAACAAACCCAACGAGCACGCUGUCAGAACUAUUUAUUAUUAUGUGUGCAGAGAGAAGUGGUGAAAGAAAAGUGUUUUUUUCCUAGGGAAAGAAAGAAAACAUUUUUUCCCCGUAGAUAAGCUUUGACGUCAUAAACAGUGUUUCACUAUAGUCUGUUGGUUGUGUGUAAGAAUAGCUUCAUUGGUGGAAGUCAUGUUAACAAGUAACUUAGUCUUCAGCUAAACAAACGCCAUAGCUAUGAUGCCACGCUGCCUCGUGUUGUUAAGUUGCAAACAUAUUUUCAACAACAGUAUCCUUCGAAAAUCUUCGAUGAAAUUAUAAAUAUCGAAAAUAAUAAUAGUAAUAUAUAGAAUACCCAACUCACUACUCGGCAAUACCAUUUAUCUUGCACGAGUGAAUUGGUUUAAAAAAUAUUUAUUUGCAGAUCAAAUUUGGGAUUGGCCAACAGGCAAGUGCAUUAUAGUGCACGAGUGAAUUGAUGAUAUCCUUCCCUCGCCAAAGGUUCGCUAAGGACAACAUCAGUUCUCUCGUGCAAGAUAAAUGGUAUUGGCCCGUAGCUUGUUGGGUAUUCUCUAAUUUUGAGACAACCUUAGUACUACAAACAAAACUGCUGAACAAACUGUGAUAAUUUAAUUAUUCAUUGUGUUGUUUUGGAGCUCACAAGGUGUUCGGACAGACAAGCUUAGUACUACAAACAAAAUUACUAGAGACACAAUAAGGAUAGUUCACUUUCUAAUGUUAAUAAUAAUCUUUGUAUCACCACAACAACUUCGCCAGUUUUCUCAAAAUUGAGUGAAAGGUUUAAUGCAUAUUCUGAUGUAUUGUAUCAAGACUUAAGUGCAGGUCCUGUCAUGUCUAUUGUAUGAUACUAUUAACCCCGACCCGGAGUUGGUCACUGGUGAAGUCAGAGAUCAAAUCCGGGAUAGGCGUGCCUGAACCUUAAGUGGACAGGGGCACGUAAAAAGAGUACCCAUACCCAUGAUGCUAUUGAGUCAACCCGUGCGUUCAGGCGCUUUUCCUGUGUAUGUUGUAUGACUUCAACCAGUUCUGGGUUUGAAUCAACCAAAAGAAACCCCAGUAAAUUCUAAUUUCAAAUCUAAAAAAAUUGUAAUAUAGUAUAACUCAGUUACGACUUCUUUAAGGUGUCUUGUUUCCACAGUGGCACGUGAAUAGAUUAUUGUAUAAAAUGUAUGCAAUUUCAAACCUUAGUUUGUGCGAAACUAUUGAUAUAUUUUGAAAUGCAAUGUGCCAGUAAGCAGUAAAAUAUGUUCUGCUUGUCUGUAGGUUUGCGAUGCACAAUAUCAACAGUAUUAUACACUUAUUGGUGUGUGUGGAAAGAUAAGGGCAAGGUGGGCCUAUAGAUAGGUUGUCAUACAGCGAUUUCAUUAAAAUCAAAAUCGGCCUCGGUGGUGUCGUGGUUAGACCAUUGAACAUAAGGCUGGUAGGCUCUGAGCUUGGUACAGCCACCCACCCAGAGCCAGUUUUAACGAUCACUGGGUAGGUGUAAGACCACUGCACCCUAUUCUCUCUCACUAACAACUAACCCACUGUCCUGGACAGACAGCCCAGAUAGCUGAGGUAUGUGCCCAGGACAGCGUGCUUGAACCUUAAUUGGAUAUAAGCACGAAAAUAAGUUGAAAUUAAUGAAUGAAAUAUUAUGAAAUAUAGUUACAAAAUAACCAUGAGAUUGCGUCUUAAAUAUUCGUUGUAAAUUGUCUACAUGAGUUGGUGCGAGGAUACUUGUUUGUCGUGCAGAGGUUCCUAGGAUCAAUCCCCUUGCGUGGACGAACCCAUGUGAGAUUUUACACGUACAGUCGGUCUUCCACAAUUAUCAAAGGAGAUCGUUAUAGAUUUUACAUGUUUGUAUCUAACAAUAUCAUUUACAAAUAAUCUGCACAAAACGACAUUUUAGUUUGGAGUGAUAGUAUUUUUUAUAUUCUUGCAUACUAUGUACAUUUAAUGUUUAAAAAGACAGUACACGUCUUAACAUGAUAACAAGCUGAAUUGUUUGCGGAAACAUAACACAAAAAUAUAUUACAAACAGUUCGAGAAACGUAAAAAUAAUGUUAAAUCAGAACUCAGUAAUGACGACUUUUAUAAUCAUUUUCUAAAUCUGGCUUUAAACGAAUCAACAAGUACCGGUGAAGUAGAUAACUUUUUAACGAGUUAUUAUAUCCUUUAUACUGAUGACGCAGUGGGUAGCAUAUUAGAUAGUGGCAUCGCCGAGAGUAAAAUAUCGAAUGCAUGUGGCUAUGAUGGUCUUUUAAACAAUUAGUUUAUUAAUUAUAUGAAUGUUUUAAUGCUAUGUUUGUUGAUAUUGUGUAAUACUCUUUUUAAAUCCGGUCGUUUCCCUCAUAGUUGGUCAGCUGGAUGUAUAGUGCCUGUUUAUAAAAAGGCAAAUCCCAACAACACGGAUAAUUAUAGAGGUAUUACUCUUGUUAGCUGUCUAGAUAAAUUGUUCACCAAUAUACUAAAUGAAAAAUUAUGUAAUUUUGACAUGGAAAAUAAUAUUAUCACUGACGCCCAAGUUGGUUUUAGAAAGCAGAUAUCCACUGUGGAUGCAAUUUUCGUUUUACAGUCCCUAAUAAAUACUGUGUGUAAGACACGAAAA